AGACUGUGCGGCGAUUGACCUGUUUGGUGACGGUUUGCGAUGGCUGCUUGUUUGCGUUUCACUCGAAGAGUGUGGAAAUCGUUCAUUGAUAACAAAGGACAUGAUGCGCAAUGUUUUCCUAACCUCGAGAUCCAUUCCGCCAAACCAGGUGCCGUUAUCACUUCAUUGAAGAUUGAGCCUUAUAACCUGAAUCGAGUUGGUACGGUCCACGGCGGCCUUAUCAUGUCAUUGACAGACACUCUCGGUUCUCUUGCUGUUGCUUCGAAAGGUCAAUACAUGACUGGUGUUUCAACGGACAUUGGCGCAUCAUUCGUGAAACCUGCAGGGAGACCAGGUGACGUUCUACAUGCAGUGGCAACAGUAACGGGGAUGGGUAAAUCUCUUGCUUACACACGGGUUGACUUCAACAAUUCCGCUGGAGACCUCGUCGCUUAUGGAUACCACACGAAGUAUAUUGGUAAAUCCGCAAAGCAACCCGGAAACAUCCUAUUUUCGGAAGAUGGGGAAACGGUUAUUGAGGGAGACGAUGUAGAUUAACGGUCAUCGCUACUGAACGUUCAACCUUCGCGAUUUGUGUAGACCACAGGGCGAUCUUGCUAUGGCAAUGGCGCCGACAGUUAUUGUUUCAUUAAUUACAGGUAGAUAUAUAUUUGUGAGACGAGCAUAGCUGGUUCGAUAUCUUGAAUUUAAUCUUGUCUUCAUGA